GCGAGUAGCACGCUUUCCCGGCAUUUGAUUUACAUAAGCAAUACAUUAUAUAGUGUAUUUUAUAAAUAUUAAAACAAAAUGAUUCAACAACAGCGCCAACGUAUUGAAGCCGCCGUCACCGAGAUGAUUGACGACAUGGACAAAACCCACCUGCGCAAAAUGCAAACAGAGAUGCACCUGUGUGCGGCGAAAUGUUGCCAGGACAGCUCCUCGAGCGUGGACAGUGUGCAGCGUUGUGUGGACCGCUGUUCCGCCCCCAUGACACGUGCCCAAAACUAUGUGCAACACGAACUGGGCGAAUUUCAGGGCAGGCUACAGCGUUGCGUCAUGCAAUGCAACGAUGAUGUCAAAGUGAAGUUGCCAGCCAAUCCCAGCGAGGAGCAAAUUGCUAAGUUCACAGAUCAAUUCGAGCGCUGUGCCAUACAAUGCGUGGACAAGCAUGUGGGUCUAAUACCGAGCAUGAUGAAGACAAUGAAAGCGGUUUUGUCGAAAGGGCCGGAAAGCAUACCCCAAGUGUAGAUAUAGUUCACGCGUUUAUUAAGUUUUAAUAUUGUCAGGCCUUUUACAACUUGUUUAAAUACAAUUAUUAUUAACGAUUCGUUUGAAA